AUGGUUGUUUUAAAUAUUAUCACUCUGAUAUCAAUCAAUUAUCCAAUAUUUGAUACGCUAAAUUAUUCGCAAAGAUCAAAUAUUAUCAUAAAAAAUGCUUCUACAUUAAAAAAUGUAACAAAUGAAAAUGACAAAUUUACAAAAUUAUUGAAAUCCUAUGAACAAACAGGAAAGUCACUGGAUGCAUUUUCCGUAAAAUUAAGAAAUAAUUUGAAAGCUAAUUUUAAUCGUGCAAAAAAAGAGAUAGCACUACUCAAUUUAGAUAAUCUCCGUGAAUUAACAACAUCGAGCAGUACAACGCUUCAAAUGGGAACAACAGCGCCCAAUUUGAAGGCAACAGCGCUUACUAAAUUGACAACACCAGCUAACAAUAGCGAGCAAAAAUUGUUUAUGGAAAAUUUAGAAGAGACAACAUUGUCAUUAUCGGAUGAAACUGAAUAUGAAAAUAUUUUUCAAAGAAUUGAUAAUGUAACCAUUGGUUUGGUAAUUGGAAUUAGCAUUGUUCUUUUCUUAAUUAUUAUAAUUAAUUGUUUUACAUUUCGUAUCUAUUUGAAAGAACGUAAAGAUGAUGAUCGAUCAUUUCAAAGUGAUGAUACUACUGAAUCAUCCAGUGAUAGGACAUUAACAACAAAUCGACAAUACGGUGGUUGUUCACCUCGUUUUGCAUAUCAAUUUUAUGAUGAUAGCAUUUAA